UCGAGAAGAUGGCUCACUGAGGAAGAUCUGGCUCGACACGAAGGCGAAGACGCAACGUCGAGGCGAACAACAAGCAUGGACCAUCGACUCGGAUCACCGGCUCUGAGGAAGACGAAGACGUCGAAACGGAAGGUCGGUUUCGAAAAAAAAAACAACAAAUUGCGUAAUUUGCCCUUACGGCAGGGACGGCGAUUGCAUGAGUUCAGAGGCCACAUCCGUCAAUAUGCUACCACGGCGAUGCUUUAUCAUGAAUAUAUUUCCUUACAGGUGUACAUUCGCUCAACAGAUUCGGAUCGAGCGCUUACUUCAGCGCAGGCUUUCUUAUCUGGAUUUUAUCCAGCUAAAGGUAGCUUUGAAUGGGAACGUGGAAAUCACUGGCAACCGAUACCGAUUCACUCCACAACGCCUGAUGAACCAGACUUGUUACUGAAACCUACAUCCGCUGACUGCAAAAACUUGGACAAAUUGGUGGACGAAGAAGACGCAAAACAGGCGAAAUAUUAUGGAGAGCUAUACAAAGAUAUGUUCAAGUUGCUCGGAGAACGAACUGGCAUCGCGAACUUUUCCUAUGACAACGUUAAUGACAUAUACAACAUAAAAAGAGAGCUCAUAAACAAAAUGACGAAGAAGCAACCACGAUGGGUGUUCAGACGAUGGUCGAAGUACAACAACCGAAGCACAAUGGAGAUCAUCAGCGAACUGCGUCGAAUUAGGAGAAUCACUAAGUUCAACUCGACCGCAAAAGCCAAGAUGUUGGGUGGCUAUUUGCUUUACAAUUGGCUACAGAACGCUGAGAAAGUUGCCAACGGUACGAUGACAGAUCCGGAAACGAUGCUACUCUAUUCGGCGCACCACGGCACGCUACUCGCCUUAAUGUAUGCUAUGGGGGUUGCUAAUGAACAGCUAAUACCUUAUGCUUCGUCGUUUAUCAUGGAAAUCUACGAGGAUGGAAAGGACUUUGAGGUUGAGCUGCUAUUCCGUAAUACCACAACAAAACCACCACACCCGCUCAAGAUCAAAGGUUGCCGCUCACCGUGUACUGUGCAGAAGUUGGCAGAGACAUACCGUAACAUGUUGCUAAAAAGCUACGAUGAGCAGCAAGCGGCUACGCAUCUUAAUCUUUCUAAUCUAGGUCUUGGUACUGCCAAAAUGUCAUUUAACAGCUCAUUAUCAGGCAUUUGGAAAGCGGAUUAUUCUUUUUAA